AUGAAUGAAGAUGAAAUUCCACCUGCACGGUUUACUGGCCGCACUUACAGCCGGUUACGAAACAGUUCAUCAAACCGCAAUGUCGAUGAUGCAGCUGAUGCCAGAACUGUACAAGUUAAAGCAGCCAUGUCUCUUUCAAAAUGGGGAAAAGCCAACUAUAUCCCCGUUCGUGAUUCAGAUGGCGCUACUGAACCCAAAAAGAUGAAGCUGGAAAGCAAAGGGGAAGAUCCUUUCAGUUUCGAAACUGAGGACAAGAGAAAGUCGGGUUCUGCUGUGAAACAGGAUGUGACACAGCAGGAACAGGAUCCUCACCAGAUGACAAAACUUCCUGCCUCUAGAAUAUCAGUCAAAGGUGAAGGAUGUGAAGAAUAUUUGCAAGAGGAAAAGGAAGAGGAAGUCAGUUCACCAGCAUUCCGCACCUAUUCCAGAUCAGCAUCAAAGAAACCAAUAAUCAUGGACCAGUUUGUGGAAGUUGGCAAACAGAUGCCAUCUGGGCAAACUGUGUUCUUCUCUGAAGCAAGACUUGAGGCAUCUACUGAUACACAGAAGAGGGGUGAAGAUGAGGAGGAUGAUGAAGACGAUGAUUUUUUCCCUGUUCAGUUCAAGAGGGAUCCUCUGAAGACUUACUCCGGAGAAGUUGUUACCCCAGUGGAUAAACCUGAUUCCCCACCACAGAGGAAGUCUGGAUAUAAAAGAAAGGGAGGGCCGAGAGGUCGAAAACCUUUGACUGUGUCCGAUCCUGAGUUAAUUGAGCAAUACAAAAGAAAUUACGCUGCCCAGCAGUUGAAAGAGAAACCAGAUGCUGCAACAAAAGGCAUGAACAAUAGUACAGUCGUGUUCAAGAAAGAACUGGCUAAUGAAGCUCAGGGGACCACCGUUGUUGUUGUUUGUAAACCUAAAGCUCAGGUAGACGUGCAUGCAAAAUAUAUUUCCCGAAAUUCUAAGCAGAAAGGACCACUGGUUCCUGUGGCGUCAGAUGCAACCGGCUCACAAGCUACACCAGGUGAGAAUGGAAAUGCAGAAUCCACAUCCCAGACAUCAGCCAAUACAGAGACAGUGUCCACGCGGACAAGUGCUCGUCUUCGGAAUGUUUCAGCUUUGGCAGCUAAUUCAGAGGGGACCAUACCAUCUUCUGAUGGCAGUGCUGGCACUCCUUCAUCAGUCAAUCCAUCUUCUACAAAACGUGCCACCAGAGGCAGACAUUCUAACACUUCUUUGGCAGAUCCUGGCACAUCAUCAUCUCCAGCUGCAGCGUCAUCAGAAGGUACCCCAGCAGGUGAUACCUCAUCAGGGCGUGGUGGUAAACGCUAUAGAAUUUUUAAAUCUCGGACUCCUCAGAUGGAAGAAGAGCUUAAGCCACCAAUUUACAAAGAUGAUCUUGAGUUGACCCAGGCACCUGCAUCUUCUAGUGAAGAGACAGAAGCUAACAGUGAUAACCAAGUUUCUUUACUUGAUAAUGAUCAGACGGUUAUUGAGCAGUUGGAUGUGACUGUGGAGGCUGUUGCAGAAUCUUUAGCUGAGACAGCAGAGAUAGAGGUAUCAAAAACAUUGGAACUUUCUGAGCUAUCAAGUAAUGCAGAGCUUGAAGAAGAUGGUAGUAACAUAAAAAACAAUGAACCAGCUGCAGCUAGAGAUCAGUUAGCAGCACGACUGCGGACUGUAGAAAAGGGGAAUGAGACAGAUUCCACUGGUGAGCCAGAUAACGCCUCAGAAUGCUCUGAACAUCUCACAUCUCAGGACUCUCUUUCCAACAGUCAGGGUGUCUCAGAAGACAGCAGUCAGAAGGAGGGUCUUAUGAUGGCUCCUCGAAAAUUUUUCAAGUCAAAGAAAUCCUUGUCUGGAUCGUCAGAUUUGCAGCGGAAAAUCUUUGGCAACAGCCCUCAAAAGUCCCCAGCUAAAGCCACGUACAAUGCUCGGUCCUGGUACAACCAGCAUGAACCUGAUGGCGAUCAGGAGGUGGCUUCACAAAAAACUGCAAUGAAAGAAAAUGAUGAUGGUAUAGUUCUUCUGAAAGAUUCUGGAAAAGGGCCGAAAUUAAAACGAGAAGUGCACUGGCCAACUAGACAGUAUGAUGAAGCGUACACAUCACUAAAAGUCAACAAAUAUCACAAGGAGCUGUAUACUGUAGUUCAUAAUGUCAAGCAAACACACGAAGUUCAGGAGUUGGGAGAGACUCAAGAUUUUAUGGAUGAGGUUGACUAUCUGCUAGAUAGCUUACAGGAUACAAACCCCACCCCUAUACGCUGCCUUAGUUGCCUAAAACUUGCUGGCAAGUGCAUCUCGCCUGCCUUCCGUAUGCAUAUUCGUGCCCAUGGAACAGUCACAAAGAUCUUCAGCCUGCUGCAUGAUGCCUGCUCUGAUCCAUGUUUGGCACUAAGUACGUCGGCCAUGAUGUUCAUGCUUAGUCGAGAUCGUCUGAACAUGGACCUUGAUCAGGACAGCCUUAAUCUGAUGCUGAGACUGAAUGAGGUCGAUGCUGCCGAUCGUGGUUCACUGGACGCUUCCGCCCUGAAGGAGCUGGAGAAGGUCAAGCAGAAGGUCAUGGAAUUACUGGCCCAGUUGCAGCAGGAAACACAUGCCAGAGAAAUUGACCUGGGCUUUGUUUCUACUGGUAACCUCGCCAUGGAGUCCUUGUUGAGCUUGACAUCAAGACGUGCUGGCGAGUGGUUCAAGGAAGAACUGCGGUCUGCUGGUGGCCUUGACUAUAUUGUUGAUUCUGUGACAGUCUGUGAACACAGCCUGCCGGAGGAUAUCUCGCAAGACAUCCACAAGUCUUUACCUGUUCUCAAGAAGCUGGAUCGCUGUCUCAGGGUCUUGGAGAAUAUUAGCUCAAUGAACCCUGACAACCAGAACUAUCUGAUCUCCUACAAGAAUGCAGCAUUACUUCAGGCUUGUACCAGAACAUUGAGACUAUGCCAGACUUGUAUGCCAUCAUACAAGAUGCUAGAAAAUGUGGAGGAAAACAAAGCACUGAAGGAUCUGCCUGGUUACACCAUCUUGACCUGCAUGCUGGCUGUUUUGAGGGUGUUGCUGAACGUCACUCACGAGAACCAGCUGGGAAAUCUGGACUUGGAAGUGGAGACCUCUCUGAUGGAAACCAUUGUACGGUGCUUGACAACAACACAUUGGUGUGUCCCUAUGGAGCAGAGGUUCGAUCUGGCGGUAUUGUGCCUUGGCUUGCUGAUCAACCUGGUUGAGCACAGAGAGUCCAACCGCCAGGUCAUGAUGAUCCUGCAGACGGAUGUCAAGUACACAGAGAAGUCACAACCCAAAACCAUGAGUGCCAUCAAGGCAGUAGUAGAGCUGUUUGUUCAGAGGGAAGAGGCUGCCCGUCAGAUGGAAGAAGACACAUUGGGCACUCCAGAUACUGCUGCUGCAGCUGCGGAGUCCCCGAACAAGAGUGGUGAGUGGAAGGAGACAGAGGCAGGCAUAGAGUGGAUUACUAACAACCUGAAGAAGGCCAAAGAAGAGGAGGAGAAGCAGAAGAAAGCUACUAAAGGAGGGGAGACCUCAGAGGUAGAUGAGGGCAACCAGAGCAUACUGGAGGAUGACGAGGAGACAUUUACGAAAGCUCUUCAUAAAGCCGGCAGACACAUGGAGAACAGCAUUGUGGCUUCCUACGCUGGACUUCUCCUGGGCUCCACAAUUGUUGAUAAUAAGGAGUACGCUACUGUUGUCAAGAAGUUAAUUCCAAAUGAGGACUUUGGUCCUAUGAUCAAGAUGCUGAAGAAAUUUCUCAAUUUUAUGAGUCUUACGACAGCCUUUGGCAGCACCGAUGUCAACGGCAUCACAAAAGUCAUUGAUGUCCUGGAAACGGCAUGA